CAAGGGCGUGCGCACUCCCGUCAGACCGUGAACGCGAGCUUCACGCGCGCUCCCGUCUGAAGGCGAAUGCAGCAGCCAACGAAAAAACAAGCAAGCGGAGCCGGAGAGACAAGACGGGCACGGUUUACCUCCACAUCACAAGAUCUUAUUUUGGAAGCGGAAAUUUCACGCCCUGUUGGGUCGUGUUACCGUUAGAGAAGGCCGAGGAUAUCCACGGGCAGGAAACAAUAGGAUGCAGUGUGGACUUUGCUGGUGACUGGUCUGCAGGCUCUCCGCUUCUCUUGUCCCUGGAGUCAGCCAGUUGAGGGGGGCAGAUUCCUGCGUUCCCCUUCUCUCAAUCUUUGUCUGGACGAAACCCACGGGCCGCCAUUGGAGUACGCGGCGCAUUCUCGCCUGUGUUGCUUGGAUCAGCACCGCUCAUCUCCUGACUGAGGAGAGCGCAGCAGCUGCCCUCGAUUUCCCUUCUACCGACUGGUCCUUCCUGAAGCCCGUCUACACCGCCCCAUCACCAUGGUGCUGUCGCAACGGCAACGGGACGAACUAAAUCGAGCGAUAGCCGAUUAUCUACGUUCCAAUGGAUAUGAAGAAGCAUACUCCACUUUCAAGAAGGAGGCGGAAUUAGAUAAUAAUGAAGAAUUGGAUAAGAAGUAUGCCGGCCUUUUGGAAAAGAAAUGGACCUCUGUCAUUAGAUUACAAAAAAAGGUGAUGGAGCUUGAAUCCAAACUGAAUGAAGCAAAGGAGGAGAUCACCCUGGGUGGGCCCGUGAGUCAGAAGCGCGACCCCAAAGAGUGGAUCCCACGCCCACCUGAAAGGUACGCGCUGAGUGGCCACCGCAGUCCGGUCACCCGCGUCAUCUUCCACCCAGUCUUCAGUGUCAUGGUGUCUGCGUCCGAGGAUGCAACAAUAAAGGUGUGGGACUAUGAGACGGGGGACUUUGAGCGCACACUGAAGGGCCACACGGAUUCAGUGCAGGACAUCUCCUUUGACCAGACCGGCAAAUUGCUAGCGUCCUGCUCUGCAGACAUGACUAUCAAGCUGUGGGAUUUCCAGGGCUUCGAGUGCAUCCGGACCAUGCAUGGACACGACCACAACGUUUCGUCUGUAGCCAUCAUGCCCAAUGGAGAUCACAUCAUUUCUGCCUCAAGGGACAAAACCAUGAAAAUGUGGGAGGUGGCCACAGGCUACUGCGUGAAGACCUUCACAGGCCACCGGGAGUGGGUCCGUAUGGUUCGGCCCAAUCAGGACGGCACGCUGAUCGCCAGCUGCUCCAACGACCAAACGGUGCGAGUGUGGGUCGUGGCCUCCAAAGACUGCAAGGCGGAGUUGCGGGAGCACGAGCACGUGGUGGAGUGCAUCUCCUGGGCACCAGAGAGCGCCCACCCCACCAUCCAGGACGCCACAGGCUCAGAGACAAAGAAGAGCGGUAAGCCGGGCCCGUUCCUGCUGUCUGGCUCCAGAGACAAAACCAUCAAGAUGUGGGAUGUUAGCAUUGGCUUGUGCCUUAUGACACUGGUCGGCCAUGAUAACUGGGUGCGUGGAAUCCUCUUCCACCCCGGAGGCAAGUUUAUUGUGUCCUGUGCGGAUGACAAGACCUUAAGGAUCUGGGACUACAAGAACAAGCGCUGCAUGAAAACCCUGUGUGCCCAUGAACACUUUGUUACCUCUCUGGAUUUCCACAAGGCUGCUCCCUACGUGGUCACUGGGAGUGUAGAUCAAACAGUAAAAGUGUGGGAGUGCCGCUGAUUUGGACCUCCGAAAGGAUUGGACCACCGCCCCCAAUUACCCAGGCGCUCCUCUGGAUCACACCUCCCCCUCUUGCAAUCCAGCCCCCCUCCCCCCUCCUCCUCUUCUCAACUAAACCUCAUCCGCACAUCAUCUCCGGCUGCACUUACCACCAUGGUUAUUUACCUAUCGCGCUCUCUGGUCCAAUAACUAUUGUCCUUCUAUGUAAAUUAUUCCUGGAUGUAGAUCGAGCUAUUAAAUGUUACACAAAAAAGUAUUCUUGCAUGGUAAUCCAAAAUUGUAUACUGUACAUUUACAUAACGUCUAGAAGUACCAUAGGUUUUCCACAGGGUUGGCCGUCUGUCACACGCAGCCUUACCAACCAACCGAAGGCAGAUGUUUUUGACUGGGUGUAAAAUGUAGGGCACUAAAACCCCCAUAAUUUAAGAAAUGACAGUGUCUUUAUGUGUAAGAUUUAUUUUGUCUAUUUUUUUAUUUAGGAUUUUUUUUCUGUAAUUUCCCUCCUUCACUGUCGUAGUCUGUUGGUGCCUAGCUUGGUGAAACUUUCAAAGAGAUGCGGCUGGAAAAGCAUAUAUGAUAAGAUCGUGUGUCUGUGUGGGGCUUUGUUAUUGAAAUAAUCUCUAGCUUUAUAACAUCACUUCUCAAGUGUGCAUACCAUUUCUCUUCAUGUGGAACUAGGUAAUAUUUUAAUGCUGUAAAUACGAAUACUUCAAACUGUUGUCCUUGGACCUCGGGGGCUUUAAAAACCAGCUUUGUACUCUUGUCAUGGUAGCACAUGAACCACUGCUAGUUAAACCAUCCCAUUUAAUGAAGCUGCAGCAAGGAAUGGAAAGUUUAAAUGUAUAAAAGUGGCUUUGUGAAUAACCAAACUUCACAAGGAGCGCCCGAUCGAUCUCGAGCACUCGGGUACCUCGGGUGCGUCUCCCUCGAGGAGACGGAUCGAGUGUGACGUUCCAUGUGAGACUCACGUUGAAGCCUCUGUCCGCCCAUAGUCCCCCGCCCACACGGACCGGCCGGGGUUUCGGUGUCCCAUAGGAAUUAUGUAGAGCCAGAAGAGGCUCGGUUCUAUGAAGGCCGCAGUGAGAUAAUCCCCCGUAAGAGAAAACGUAAAGGCGUGAUAAGGAGUCAAAGUGAGCCCCCUUGGUUUGAUAUCUGGGAUGUGCAAAGAUCUUAAUUUCUGAGGGGUAAAAUAUUUGUUCUGCAUAAUAACAAAAAAUGGUUUUGAGUAAAAAAAAAAAAAAGAAAAAAAAAGGUUUUCUGUGAAAAUAUGAAGUGUAAAUUUAGCUUAAGAGAUUUGGCAAUUUUGUAUUCUCACUAAAGGAUGGACUGGAUGGGAAUUUAGGAUUCAUGAGGAAAUGCUAGCAGCAGACAUGCUAAUUGAUCUGUGGGUGCUGUUUUGUCCGAUGCUGAGGUGUGUGUUUGUGGUUUUUAAAGCGCUCCUCACUGUAAAAAGAGGCCACGGCGGCUCCUGGAUCAGACCCACUGUAAGGAGGAGGAUCUCCACCGGCAAAAACACCACAGAUCAACUCACACCAGUUCAAACGUCUUCUGAGUGGCUUCCCUCAAAUGUUCAGCUUUUGAUCUUUGUGGAGCUGUAACGGGAAACUGGAAGGUCACUGUAAACCAGUCCGUGCUGUAGAAACUACCAUUCCACUCCCCUCGGAGGACGACACAAAAACAACAUCUUGCUUCUAACUGUAGCUGACGAGGUGAUUCAUUAAUCUUGCACAUCCCUGUUUUCAAUUAAUCUUUGGUCCUUUAAUGACGACCAAAGGCAACAUUGAAAUUUACUGAUGUUGAUAAAUGCAUAAACGUAUAAUUUCUGAUUUAGCCUUUUCAUUCCAAUGCAGUUCUUGGCUAAUAAAGAAUUCCACUGCUGAUCAUCUUA